CUUCGGCUUCUGCUGGGCGUGGGCCCCGCGCUCCGCUCCUGCCUUUCUCCUCUGCUGGCUCCCGGCAUUGAUCGACGCCCCACCCAGGGAGUCUUCAACUCUUGACGCCUGCGGGAGCCACUUCGGAUCCGCCGCUCGAGCCAGCUCCACCCCUUCGGGUUGACUCGCCGGCGCUGCGGGUUGGAGAGAGUUAGAGCGGGGAGGAGAAGGUGGGCAGCCCAGCCACGGGAGAGGGAGAGAGGGAGACCAGCCGCAGGCAACGGAUACCCCGUGGGGGACUGCGAGAAUCUGACCCCCAGAAUUUAGGCGGAUCUUACCCUCCAUCGGUACUGGCGGCGAGACUCCGGAGAGGCGAUUCCCCUCCCCAGCACCCGGCUCGGAGCGCCCCCCUUCGGCGGCAGCGGCGGCGGUAAGGAAGGCGAGGGUCGUCCCGAGCUGGAGAAGCAGCUGCCAGAGGUUCAGAGUCCAGCGCCUGCAGAGGAGAAGAGGCAGCUGCUGCUAUGAUCCAGGCACUGGUGCUCCUGUUGCUGGCUGGAAAUGGAGCCUCGGCUACCAGCACCAAUCCGCGUCUGAAGCUCUCCUUUCAUAAUUUGCGACUGCGCCACGGACUGCGCACGUAUGAGCUGGAGCGCUCCUGCUGCUAUGACUCACUGCUGCUGGAUGAAGAGAGGGGACGGCUCUUCGUGGGUGGGAAAAACUACCUGGCCUCCCUGAGCCUAGACAACAUCAGCAAGCAGGACAAGAAGAUUUACUGGCCAGCGCCUGUGGAAUGGAGGGAAGAAUGCAACUGGGCAGGAAAAGACAUCAAUGCCGAGUGCAUGAACUUCGUCAAGAUCCUGCACCUCUUCAACCGGACGCACCUGUAUGCCUGCGGCACUGGGGCCUUCCACCCCAUUUGUGGCUUCGUAGAAGUUGGGCAGCGUGCAGAGGACUCUGUGUUUAAACUGGACCUGCAGAACUUAGAAGAUGGCAAAGGCAAGAGCCCCUAUGACCCACGCCAUGUGGCCGCUUCAGUGCUGGCAGGUGAAGAGCUCUAUUCUGGGGUGGCUACUGACCUGAUGGGCCGUGACUUCACAAUCUUCCGCAGCCUUGGCUCAAGGCCCUCUAUCCGCACGGAGCAGCAUGACUCCCGGUGGCUCAACGAGCCCAAGUUCAUUGAUGUUUUCUGGAUCCCGGAGAGUGAGAAUCCCGAUGACGACAAGAUCUUCUUUUUCUUCCGGGAGACAGCAGUGGAAGGAGCCCAGGGGCUGGGCAAGCAGACCUUCACCCGCAUUGGCCAGAUCUGCCGGAAUGAUAUGGGUGGGCAGAGGAGCCUGGUGAAUAAAUGGACAACAUUUCUGAAAGCCCGGCUGGUGUGCUCGGUGCCAGGCAGCGAUGGGAGUGAUACGUACUUUGACCAGCUCCAUGAUGUAUUUUUGCUGCCAACCAGAGACAAGCGCAACCCUUUGCUGUACGCUGUUUUCACCACCUCCAGCACCGUCUUCAAGGGCUCUGCUGUCUGUGUCUACCAUAUGAGUGACAUCCGCAGAGCCUUCUUGGGACCUUUUGCUCACAAGGAAGGGCCAAACUAUCAGUGGGUGUCCUACCAAGGCCGGGUCCCUUACCCCCGCCCAGGAAUGUGUCCCAGCAAAACCUUUGGCACAUUUAGUUCCACCAAGGAUUUCCCCGAUGAUGUGAUUCAGUUUGCUCGCAACCACCCGUUAAUGUACAACUCGGUGUUGCCACAUGGCCAGCGGCCCAUCUUCCUGCAGACCAACAUGGGCUACACCUUCACCCGCAUCGCAGUAGACCGAGUGGCUGCUGCUGACGGCCACUAUGACGUCCUCUUCAUUGGCACAGACAUUGGCACUGUCCUGAAGGUCGUCUCUGUGCCCAAGGAGAGCUGGCAAAACAUGGAGGAGCUGCUGCUGGAGGAGCUGCAGGUGUUUAAGGACUCCUCUCCAGUUACAAGCAUGCAGAUCUCCUCCAAGCGGCAACAGCUCUACAUUGGCUCCAGGACUUCUGUUUCCCAGCUGCCCUUGCACCGCUGUGGGAUCUACGGCAAAGCUUGUGCUGAAUGCUGCCUGGCUAGAGAUCCAUACUGUGCCUGGGAUGGGACUACCUGCACUCGCUACAUGCACAACACCAAAAGGCGGUUCCGGCGUCAGGAUGUGCGAAAUGGGGACCCCAAUGUGCUCUGCUUUGGAGAUCCCCAGCGAAGCAGCGUCCCGGAAAAGAAGUUAUAUGGAGUGGAAGGCAGCAGCGCUUUCCUGGAGUGCCUCCCUAAGUCACUGCAGGCCCAGGUUGUGUGGACGUACCAGAAAAGCAGCAGCGCCCCCAGGAAGGAGGUGCUGUUGGAUGACCGAGUCAUCAAGAUGGAGCGGGGGAUCCUGUUGCGCAACGUGCAGCGCAAAGAUGCCGGCCUCUACCACUGCCACGCAACGGAGCAUGGCUUCACCCAGAGUUUGCUGCACCUCCAGCUUGAAGUGAUCCACGCCCAGCAGGCCGACUCACUCUCCAUCUCCCGGGAAGAGGAGCACGCGCAGCCCUUCCACCGCAAGCUCUGGUACCAAGAUUUCAUGCAGCUGGUGGACCACCCCAACCUCAGUACCAUGGACCAGGUAUGUGAGCAGCUGUGGAGCCGCAAGAGCCACCAGCCGAAGAAGAAGCCGCCGCUACCCCCUCCGCUCAGCGUCAAGGCCAAGAGCCACAAGUGGAAGCACCUGGAGGACAAGCGGAAAGGCCGCAGCCGGAGAACGCAUGAAGUGCCCCGUGCGGAGAGGGGCCCCCGGAGCACUGACGUCUGGUGACCUGCAUGGAGUGCAGCUGGACAACCAACCUCUAUGUUGGGGAGCAGGGUGGGCGUGUAAGGAACGGGGUGGGAGAGAGGAUGCAGGACCAUGGUUUGGUGGAGAGGGCUUCCUUUCCAUGCUCCUGGCGGCCGCUUCAUACGUAGUUUGUAGGGGGUGUGUUGUUGUCAUAGCAACUUAGCUGCCAUUCUUCAGAACUCGGUGCGAAGCAACAGAACCCGACAGGAGAGGGUGUGUUCUGUAGCCCUCGCCUCUUCCGUAACAUACAACCAAAGAUGGUGGCAGCAGCCUUGGGGGACCAAAGGAACCAAGUUAAUUAUGAUAUCCUGUGCAGUGGGAAGUAAACCAGACGGGAUACGCCAGGAGUUGUGGCCUCUUUUUUCUUACUCUCAAGGACCUGCUGACUGUCAAGAUGUAAUUUUGGGGCUGAGGAGCUCUCUAGCUCUGGAGUGUCGGUUCGUGCUCAGAAUCUUCCUCUGAAGAGGACAGUCCCCCGACGCAUCCCUCUGUCUUGAUAGGCAGGGUGCCUACCCUGUUUCCUCUCACUUCCAUAACCAAACCGACCUGCCUUGUGUGCAUAAGUGUAGCAAUGUGCUCUCCCCCCCCCAAGAGACACUACAGAACCACUGAUGUAUUUAUUAACAGAUUGUUAACUGAUGAAUGUAAAUCCACCACCAGGUGGGCCACCAGCAUUUAGACUCUGACUGAAGGGACAGGGCUCCUGUUGCCCAAAGGAUUGUGGGUACACUUCUGAAAUGUUUUGGAUGUGCAUGUGGCAAUGAUGAUGAUAACAGAGAUGAGGAACCGUGGCAUAACUCCUACGCUCUCACAUCUAUAUUUUAUAUGGCCCUCAGGGGAUUCUUCAUCAGACUGAGACCCCCUCAAGUGGCUGGGCAGUAACAGAAAGAUCCCUAUCAUGGUAAAUUUUAAGGUGAACACUAAAGGCAGUUAACACACUGGUAAAAUAUUGAAGUUGAGGCCCUGUCAUGACACAAGGAUGUUUGUAGGGUCAUGUUGAGCAGUGGAGGUGUCUAUCUGUCCUUCCUUUAAAACAUUUGUCUCCCAUGGUUAUUGCCAGAAGAAUGAUGGCCGACCAAGGCUUGUUCCCUGCUUUGAUGAUCUCUGGGGCCCAAGUCACCAGGCACAACCCAUCGGGAGCAAUAUCUAAAAAGAGUAGCAACAUAUAAAAGAGUAGCCCAGCGCUCUCCUUCUCCAUCUGUUUUGGACCAUAUCUCCCACCAUCUCUUGGCCAUGUUGACUGGGGGUGAUGGGAGUUGUAGUUUAAACCAUUUGGAGGGCACCAUCUUGGGAAAGCCGUGGCUAGACCAAAUGAGGGCACUCAUUUUGAAAUCUUCAUUUUGGGAGUGCCUUGUGAGGCAUCUCUGUGGAGUGCCCAGAAAGGUGUGGUCAUGCAGAUGAAGGUCACCCUUAGAUAUGCUGGGGAGGUCUUGAUCUCUGUGUUGCUUCCCGUUCUGUAGAAAAACAGGAGGUUUCAGUCUGAAGGGAGGUGGAGGUGUUGGCCUGAUAGAGGCGGUGCAGUCUUGUCUUGGAUUAGGAUUUAGGCAGCAAGGGUCUGAGAUAAGAUAGGUCUGCUCUGAUUUAAGGUAUAUAAGCUGUUUCUGUGGUGUCUGAAACAUUAGAAAAGGGUGAUAUCAGCACUACCUAGUCAACCUGAAAGCCACUGUCCAGUGAGACAGAAAGUGAGACUGGAGCCCACCAUCUUCAAGAACAGAGCAGAACCAAUGCUUAGUUACCGUAUUAAAUUCACAGUUCACGUCCAGUAAAAGGAAAACUGGCUUACGGAGUUCUCAGCAGCCUGUUCAAUGCCAUUUUUUAGUGCAAACUGUCCCUAAAUUGUCCUGCCAGUGAGGAAUUUCACAGCUUCUUUUUUAAAAAAACAAUUGUUGUUUUGCCUUUUAUUUCCCUUUACUUUUAGAGUAGCCUACUGCCAUGGCACCAGGCUGUCCCUUUUGCCUAUGUAGGGUCAAAACUUCCUCUAUAAUACAUGGACGUUAGAGCUAAUCUGAGAUAUUUUACAAAUAGAUUCUGCUACAUUGUCAUCCAACUUAGGGUUGCCGUAUGUCCUCCUUUUCCAGGACACACCCACUUUUUCAUGGGUGUGUAAAAUGAGUGUCGUCACGGUGAUCCAUAGUUAACAGUAGAAGUUGGCAAAUGUGCCCUCUUUUUUGCUCUUCAAAAUAUGGCAGCCCUAUCUACUUCCCCUCCCCACUUUACCAGGCAAAGAUGCUGAUUUAAAAUGGAACCAAUAUCCCACACGUACAAGUCUUUUGAGGGUUUUUUUAAGAACACUUUUUGCAGUAUUGUAAGCUACCCCACAGACUGUGUGGAGCUGUGUGGUGAGGGAUAAAUGGCAAAGGAGAAUCGCAAAUCAAGCUUAUCGCAUGAUUCCAGACUCUUUGGUAUACAAAAAAAAAUGGACUUUUAGCCAUGGUGGCUAAAUGGAAACUGCAUGCUGACUUCUGCACACCUUUGGUUAUUCAGUGCUGGGGACAAAGAACAAGGAAGAACUUGGAAAUGUAGUUUUCAGAGAGCGCAGAGAAAAUGACAAUUCCUAGCAUGCCUGGCAUCAGGCUCACAGUGAUAGCAGCAUCAAUGCCAUAUGCUGAAGGGAGGAGGAGAGACCUACCCCCUUGUUACUACCAGAGCUGCAGAAGCAGCAGCAAGGUUGACAUUGGGUGAAUGAGAAAUUUUGAAGGCUCAGCAGGGGGAUAGGUUAGGGGAGGGAUUUGACCCUGUGGCGCCUUUAGCUGGGAACAUACCUCAGUUUCCAGAGCGACUCUUGAAAAAUAGCUGAUCACAUAGUCAGACUUUUCCUAGACUGUAUCAUUUCAGACUGCAGGUAUGAAUGCUGUCCCAUAUUUCUUUUCUUUUUUUAAAAUAUCCCUGCACAUAAAAAGUUAGCAUGCCAGAAAGAGGUUUAGGGAAACCCCUUCUACCCCGACAUCUUGUUUUCCAAGGCAGCUGACUGAACCCUGUUGGAGACCAGGGUUUCUGAAGCCUUUAAAUGGCAUUAAUAAAAUGGCAUUAAUAAAAGCAUAAUGUCAUCACUGUAAUAUUCAUUGCUUGGUUAUGGGGAAUGGCUGUGAUUUUGUAUGUGGCUCAAGUCUUAGCCUGUUUCCUAUAGCUAAGGGGUGUAAGGGAGAGUGUGUCAUGAGAUUCGAUUAUGCCUAACACUUCAUCUUUGAGUUCUGCCUCCUACUCUCUUUUGUGCAUGAUGGACAGCUGUGAAGGAUUCAGGCAUGCAUAGCUUGCCAUUUCUCCUUGUAUAAUUUGGGGAAAGGGGUUAGACCCAUUAUUCAGUGAGCCACACAUGAGACACCCUUCUCAGCUUACAUGGCACACAUACUUGUGGUUUGAGCCUCUAGGGCAGGCAUCCCCAACCUUUGUCCCUCCAGAUGUUUUGGACUACAAUUCCCAUCAUCCCUGACCACUGGUCCUGUUAGUUAGGAAUCAUGGGAGUUGUAGGCCAAAACAUCUGGAGGGCUGCAGGUUGGGGGUGCCUGCUCUAGGACUUGCUAGGUUGGUGGUUCGAAUCUGCUCGACGGUGCUGAGCUCCCAUUGCUCUGUCAUAGCUCCUGCCAACCUAGCAGUUUGAAAGCACACCAGUGCAAGUAUAUAAAUAGGUACCGCUGUGACGGAAAAGUAGACCGCAUUUCCGUGCGCUCUGUCUUCUGUAACAGUGUUCUGUUGCGCCAAAAGCGGUUUAGCCAUCAUGCUGGCCACAUGACCCAGAAAGCUGUCUGUGGACAAACGGCUGCAAGAUGAACACCACACCCCAAAACCGCCUUUGACUAGACUUAACCGUCCAGGAUUCCUUUACCUUUUACCCUUUUUUUUUUUAACUUGGGGUGUCUAAGUAGCAUUACAUUUUAAUGCUUAAAAAGUCAUAAUAAGCUAGUAGCAUAAGAACAGAAGAACAAUCCUGCUGGAUCAGGCCAGUAGCCCACCUAGUCCAGCAUCCUUUUCUCACAGUGGCCCACCAAAUGCCUGUGGGAAGUCUGCAAGUCAGACCUGAAAGCAACAGCACUUUCCCCAUUUGUGAUGCAGUGGGGGCAGCUACUUUUAAACCUAGAUUAUUUCCCUAGUUAAAAGCAUCAUCAGUCACCAUCCUGAAACUUUGCGGAUGAAACUCGGCUAUUUGGCAGGUAUAACGUUUUGUUCCCCACUCCCUCCAUUUGUUCUCUCUCUUCCCAUGUCCAGGAGGAAAAGAUAUAUUGAUCAUGAAAAACCCCAUUUGGAACCUCAGCGUUUUGGCCAUUAAGGUUUCCAUCCUUGGCAACUAAUUAUAGUUUUACCUUAUAUAUCUUAUCUGUUGAACCUAUGAUAAAUUCUAAAGGAAACAGUAGCAGUGAAAAUAAGUGUGCAGAUUUGCUGGAUGCAAGGCAUAGAUGUCAGCCAAGGUGGCCUGUGAUGAGCUCUAACCAGCCCUAAUAGUGACUGGGUCUACUUUAAGACAUGCAGCAAGAGUGUGCUGGAUCCAGUGUGGUUGGAAUAUAUUAACACAAUAAAGCAGUUUUAACUUUG